UUCCCUAUGACGACAGUUGCUAAAUAUAACUCGUAUAUAUCUAGGCCGAUCGCAACCGCGAAUUAUCCACAGUCGUGCGCCGGCAGCCGACGGAGAAGGACGGUGUGGGGCGUACCGGGACGUUGUGUUGUCGUUUGCAUAGAAAAGGUUAAAUGGUAAUCUAAACCGAUCAUGUACAACCUGAAUGUGAACGUGAAUCCUAGUCCGGCGGCUGCCGCGAGUCUUCUCGGUGUCGCGGCGGCCGAGGUCACACCAAGGACACCGGAAAUCGUAAACUCCCUCAUCGCCAUGACCAAUCCCUUCGAGGGCUACACGAACGAGAAGAGCAGGGAUCGUACGGAUUCGACUAGCAGCGGUGAGCCGAGCCCACCGAGUGUUCAGCACACCUGUAGUCAGCUCAUUAAAGAAGGAUUGAAGUUGACGCUACAAACGAAAAGAAGAGCCAACGGAAGCGGGGAUGACACGAAGAAAAAGACAAAGAAGGAAGACGGGAGUGCGGAUGACGAGGAGGAAGAAGAAGCGGGCAACAACAAUAACCGCGGUGGAUUAACGCCAGAGGAUGAGGAGAGGCGUCGAAGAAGGCGCGAACGGAACAAGAUAGCUGCUACCAAGUGUCGACUGAAGAAGCGUGAAAAAACAGUGACUUUGGUGCACGAGUCAGAAAUCCUCGAAACGCAAAACCACGACUUGAAGUCGCAGAUUCAGGAACUGGAGACGCAAAGGCGUAGGCUUGUAGACAUGCUAAGUCUCCAUGGACCGACUUGUCUGAAACAAGGUGGCACAGACAAUUCGUAUCAACAGUUUGCAGAGCCUUUGCAGCUGCCCAGUUACCAGGAGAAUUUCGUGCAGCCUCCACCAGCAUUGAACCAACCUCAGAAUUGUGUGACAGAAUAUCCAGUAAAAGUGGAAGAGUAUGAAGCUGACUUUUACCGACAAGGAAGUCCAUUUGUACCAACCUCGGAUGCAGGUUGUACGGUUUAGUAGCUUUAUCGACGUUGUAACAAUGCCUACCGCGCCAUUUAAAGAUUAGUUUCCGUGGAGAUUUGGUUUACCGAUUAAAGAAAAUGAUACAUGAUUCCAUUAAAAAUUUAAAUGUUUGUUUGAUGGUGAAAAAAUAAUUGCAUGCAUUCCAAGAAGACACGAGAAAGUAAUAACAUCUAUUUAAUUGAUGGAAGCGUCGUCGAGGUAAUUUUGGGAAUUUUGUAUGUUUUUAAGAUUCUUUCGAAGAUUCUUAACAUUUCCGGUAAACCGAAUCUCCCGUUUCUUAUAAUCGCAAGUCUAUAGCUUGUAAGUUGAUUAUUAUUUACAUAACAACGCGCUCCUAUUUCUCCUUUUCAUCCUAUUCUUUCUUCUUUUUUCCUUCUAUUUCUUAACAUUAUCCCUUUGCACUCGAAACGUUCGAUGUAGAACGCUUGAAGACAUUCCUUAAGAAUAACCCUUUCUUGAAAGUAAGUAACCAAUUCCUUGAAAAUAAAUACUGUGACAUUCUAAAAUAUAAUUAAUGUAAUCAAUAAAUAUAAGAUAGAAACGAAUUAUUUUUGCGAUACUCGAUUUAUUAAUAUUAGUAUGUUGAUACAUCGAAUAUUAAAAGAAAAAAGAGAAAAGAGAAAAAGAAAAAAAAAAUUUUAUUUUAUUUUAAUUUGUAUUAAUUUUUGUAUUAAAAAAUAUUUACGAAAAUUUAAAAAUAGUCAUAAAAAAUAGUCAUAAAAAAUAGUCGAGCAUUGCAAAAGUGUUUCGUUAUUUUAAGUAAAAGUCGAGAAUUUCUUUUACAAAUGGCGGUUCGCAUCCGAUGUCGAUUAUUUUUUUAUGCGACCGCUUUUUCUCGAUUUACCAGUGAGAAAAAAAAGUAUAAUUUGUAUAACUCAGCAUAUAAUAAGUCUUCUGAUAUUGAUUACGACUAUCUCUCGUAUAUUGGGACGUGGCUAUGUGACGCGUUCUCAAAGGAUACUUAUAAUUAUACGAGCAAUCGUAAUGAUAUAUUUAAUACUGUGAAAUGUGCAUAUUUUAUACAAAUUACAUAUAUUAUUAUAUACGUAUACACUCGCAGACACGCACAUGUCAAACACAUACGCGUCAUUACAAACAUUAACAAACAUAUGAUAUAUAUAUAUACAUGACGAUUAAUGACAAUGACCGACGACAUACCUCAAUUUUGUGGGUAGUUACCCUUCUUCAGUGCGUUUGCACGAAAAAAUUUUAUUUUUUAAUUUUCUUUUAUAUUGUAACUCUGAUCAUGUGAUCGUUGAAAUUUUUUAAUACACGAAGUAAUAGCGACAAGGAUGCCAAAGAACCAUCAGAAAUAUCGAUCAGAGAAUAUUUUUAUUUUUAUGAAAAGAUUAUAUCGGUGGAAAGAAAUUAGUAAACGCACUUUGGGCUACGCUUACGCGUUCUGCAAUUUACAAAAGCUAGUUUAAUACUUAGCCGAAUGUUACGAUUAAUAGUGAAACGCUUUUUUUCUAAUCCAUGGAUUAAAAGAUACUUUUUAUUCAUUUGGAAUGUUACCGCCGAUUGAUAUAACAAAGGAAAAGAUUUUUCUUGCACUUCAUAAAAUGUGUGAAGUGAGAUAAAGUCUUCCUCUUAUUCUUUUGUCAAGAGAUUAAAAAGCGUGCACAAGCAUUAAGAAUAUUUUUUUCUUUAACACGCAGGAAGAA